ACGCGGUGACCGCUUUGCGACGCAAGAGACCCGACGAGCACGGCGCGGGCGACCGCAACACGCCCGGAAUACGCAGCGCAUCCCCGCCGGUGCAUAGCACCCAUCCGCGGCCAUGUCCUGCAAACACACGAUCGACGGAUGUGCUGCAGCGCACACUGCGCAUGGCCAUGGCCGUGCGGACAGCUCGACCAUCGUCGCUCGAGACGACCGACCGCUCGGAAGCCGUCUGCGCCGUCUCCUUCCGUCUGGUCGCAGAUGGCACGCACCACGAUGUCCGCCUGUCCGCGACCGCGACCCGGACGUGGCCAGCAAACCCCGCCGGCGGUGCACAGAGCGGACGGGACGCCGUCGUCCAGGUGAGUCUUCAUCGCAGCUCAUGUCGCUCGCGUCUCCGCCGGCCAUAGAACGUAGUCGAGAACAUGUA